GAAAACAUAGAGGGAUUACAAAUGGAAGACGACAAUGUCUGGACCCUCCCACACUAAAAUUUCGUGAAGGAGGCAGGGCCUUGUCUGGAAGCAUCCUUAACUCUCCCAUAUCAUGGUUUUGCACAUCUGGAGGCAGAAGAGCGUGAACACGUGUCUUGAAUAUGGGGAGCUUCCAUGAUGCUGCCUCUGAGUGUUGUCUUUAAGGUUUCAGAGGCAUAGAAGAGAGACUCAAGCAUAGACCAUGCCUGUCCCCCCUCCUCCAGCCCCUCCACCUCCCCCAACUCUUGCUGUGGCAAAUACAGAGAAGCCUUCCUUAAACAGAUCGGAGCAGGCAGGACGAAAUGCUCUUCUGUCGGAUAUUUCCAAAGGAAAAAGGCUUAGAAAGGCUGUUACCAAUGACAGAAGUGCGCCAGUCAUUGACAAACCUAAAGGAUCAGGUGGUGGAGGUAGUGGUAGUGGCUUCACAAGCGGCGGUGGCGGCGGCAGUGGCGGCAGCAAUAGCUAUGGCGGAGGUGGACCUCCUGGUUUGGGAGGCCUGUUCCAAGCAGGGAUGCCCAAACUUAGAUCUACAAACAGGGAUAAUGAUUCUGCAGGAGGCAGGGCUCCGGUAUUCCCACCGGGAGGACGAGCGACAUCUGCAAAGCCCUUUUCCUCCUCGGGUGGCGUAGGCCGAUUUCAAGUCCCUUCUCUUGGGCAAAGAACUGCAGCUCCAGAACCUCCAAGAAGCCGGAUGCCUCCCCCAAGGCCUGACACUGGUUCCAAGGCUGACACAGGCGCACCUCCUGUGCCAAAUACUCCGAGGCCUGUCCCAUCAAGUCUGUACAACAGAGGAGCUCCGCCUGUGCCAGGAACAAACAGACAGGCCAGCUUAGGGCUCACACCUUCACCUUUCCCAGGAAACAGAAAUCUAGCGUUUGGAGGAUCCAUUCGCCAGCCAUCACCUGGUAGUCCUUCUUCUCCUUUCUCAAACAGGCCUCCUCUUCCCCCUGCACCAGGCAGGACAACAGACGAUAAACCGCCUCCGCCACCACCUCCGACAGGAAACAGGCCACCCCUCAGUAGGGAAUCUUCCCUGCCACCUCCUCCACCUCAAAACAACAAGCCUCCAAUUCCUUCUAUGUCUCGGCCUUCCUUUGGGUCUCCAGUUCCUCCUCCCCCUCCGCCGAGUAGGCCGGGCCCACCUCCAGUUCCACCAACACCUGGCGGAAAUGAUGAAAUGCCACGGCUUCCUCAAAGGAAUAUUUCACUAGCAAGUCCAUCUCCACCAGGUUUGCCUGGCUCUGGUCGCUCUGGACCUCUUCCGCCCCCACCAGGUGAGAGGCCACCACCUCCUGUAAGAGACCCGCCCAGCAGAUCAGGACCACUUCCACCCCCACCACCCCCAAUAAACAGAAAUGGUAGCACUUCACGAGCAUUGCCAGCUACUCCACAGCUUCCUUUCAGACCGGCAUUUGAUAAUAAACACAGAGCUGGACCAGUGCCUCCACCUCCUCCGGACAGACCAGGUUCUGGAGCACCACCGCCACCUCCGCCGCCACCAGCUGCCAUCCGAAAUGGCUUCCAGGAUUCUUCAUGUGACGAUGAAUGGGAAAGCAGAUUUUCCUUCCAUCCUCUGUCCGACUUGCCACCUCCAGAGCCAUACGUGCCCAUGAACAAAAGCUACCCCAGUAAACUGGCAAGGAACGACAUCAGAAGUGGAUCUAGCCGCAGAGAAAGAGGCGCUCCACCACUUCCACCUAUUCCGAGCUGUUAAUCAAGUAUCCAGAUACAAGCAGGAAAUGUCUGACGGCAGGACACAUUCCAUUGACCUGUUACAAGCUUUCACUUACUUUUCCAUGUGCGUGUAAAACAGCUGAACAGCGUUUAAGUUCUGAUCUCACUGCAAAAUGUAAUUACUUUCACGGGAUUUUCUUCAUCUGAAAAACUGUAAGAAAGGGCUUCUGGGUUUUUCUGUUGGAUGUGGGGUGGAUGAUAUUUUUGGCAUCAUGACAGUUGGUAAAUGCAUUUACCAUUUUACAGCCAAUUCACUUUACUCGCUGAUAUGGAUAUAUGAUGAUACAUAACAAGACACAUGGGGAAACUAUGGUUCUUGACUGGAACACACCGGAUAAAUAAAAUGACUAACUAUGGAAGAAAGCUCUGAAGAUGGCUUUCAAGGAUCUGCCCUGUAUUAGUAUGCGAAUUGGAGGCCACAACAUGACUUUUCUGGUGCUUUCAUGAUGGAAGGAAGAAUUGGGAAGGUUGAAGAAUCCAAAUAUGCAAUAUAACAUUAUCCAAAGUUGAAUGGUUAAGGGACUGCUAGAACACGACCUCUUUAGAGAUGCACAUAAAAAAAGUAAGCAUAUCUGUGGGGAAACUCUGAAAAGGAAAUCAGAAAAUUCACAAUGGUGCUUUGUGUGAUUGGCUUUAUCAGCCAAGAUCGCACCUUGAUUUUAGACUGUGUUGCAUUCCCAUUAAUGAUAAACAAAGCAAGACGGAGCUUGGUAUGUAGAAAAGAAGAAAAAUAGCUUUGCAAUUUCAGGCUACUUAUACAUGUACGAAGCUUUUUAAAGGACUUUUUGUUUUGUUUUUUAAAAAAAUGCUUUUGCUGGUUGGCUAUGGGCCUUAGAGUACAUUCCAUGAGCUCACGCUUGUGUUGGAAUCCUUACAGAUUAAUACGUUGAGGGAUCCAAAGCUUUAACCCACACAGGUCUUGUUGUAAGAUCAGAGCUCAUUUGGGGGGGGGGGUUGCACAGACAUCAGUAUUGCGGCAUGUUGCAACUGCUUUCAGAAUCAUACACUCUGCAAUAAUUAUGGAUUUCUCAGUGGGCUGUGCCUCUUUUCCUAUGCACUUAACAGCCCUGACAUAUAUGCAGUAUUAAUAGUUCCAGUUUCAGUCCAGUUAACCAUUGUUUGUACGUGUGAUGUUUUAUAAAAACUCAACAGGCUGUAAAGGAUUAAAUUAUGACUUACAUGUUGUUGCUGCAACUGGAACAUUUAAGCUUUCUGAUAAACAAAUGAAGUACAAAGUGUUAUACUGUGGAGUUUUUAAAAACAAAAUAUCUGCAGAAGCUGUGCAUUUAAUUUAUGACGUUUAAGAGCCCAAUUCUGUUUUACAGUAGUCAAGUGAAGAUGGCAGAAAAGAACUCUGAGUUCAGUGCAAUUGGUGUUAGUGCUUCUAUUGACUAGAGAUUAACCAAGAAACUUGGGUAUGCAAUAAAGUCUUUGCUGUAGAAAUGCUAGAGGUAGAGGUAAAAACACAAUCUGAUUUCUCAGUCAAUGGCCCUCUCAUAGCAGUAUCCACUCAUUCUUACCAAUGGAUUAGCCCUUAAGUGAGGGAAGUUAUACGGUAAUGUUCUCAAACUGGACAGUGAGGAAUGACCAGCCAGGUGUAGGGAAAGGCAGUGGUGUAGUUGUACAUUUGGAAGUGCAAGUUCUCAUCAUGACCACCCCCAAGGAUAGUCCAAAGAUGUAGGCAGCUGUUUUGAUUCAUAUCAGUUCUAGCAGGUUACAUAUCCAUCAGGGGCAGGCCUUUUGUAAAAAGAAGGGGUCUUAAUUGCCCAGUCAAGACCAAAAGUCUUUAUGUUACAAGAGGGAUCAUUUGCAAGAAUAUAUUGUUGCUGGGAAAGCCCAUUUUCCCAUCUAGUGCAAGAAUUGCAGCUAAGCUCAGAGAUAAAAGACUGGGCCGUGUAUUAGAUGUCAUUGUCCCUGCUAAUUAGAAAGCCCCAUAGUUUUGUCCCCCGGGGAGCCUUGGUUCUAUUGCAUCACUAUUGAAAGGAUAAUGGAGGGACAGAAUGUGCACAGUUAAUACCUACCAGUAUCUUAUAAACAACUUCCAUUUCUGUGGUAUUCAGAAACUCUUGAGAUUCUAUUUUACUCUGUCAAUUGACUGUGUCAUUGGCAAAUUAAUUCCAGUGCAAUAUUAUUUGAAAUUCUAACCAAAGCCUUAGCAUUUAAAAUGUAAUGUGGCCUUCAGAGAGUGAAGCAAAGAAACUAGAGCUUCUCUCUCUUCCUCAGAGGAUAACAUUUUAGCACUUUCUCUCAUAUAGGAAUCAUCCUCAAAGUGUAUAUGUAAAAUUCUUCAAAGAAGAAAAGAAAAUAGGACUUGUUUGGAUUGUGUAAAGUAUAACACUUUUUAUUUCACCAGAUAUAUUAAAAAAUACAGCAUUUUAAGUUUAAUAUAUCAUUGUAUUUUAGAUAUAUUAGAAUUAGUAUUUAUUUGACUAUGCACAAUGAUCAAAUAGCAGAAAGCAAAACAGUUUCUUCCUCGUGGUGCCUUAGGCUGCAGUUCUAUGUAAGCUCUAUUGAACUCAAUGGGACUUACUUUUGAGUUAGAUGUGAAUAGAAUUGCACCAUUAAUACAUUUUAACCCAUUUUUAAAAUGUCAAAAUGACUGUUAUCUAUAAAAAAACCCAACAGAUCUUAGAUCUUAUCCCUCUCCCCAAAAUUUCAAAAAUAAAAUAAUACUGUGUGAAAUCUCUCGACUCAUUUGCUAUCUAAUAUCUGCUAAUAUCUGUCUAACAUUUUGGUAGUACUUGGCAAACUGCAAUUCUUAGCAAGAUUAUUGAGGCAAUUUCUGUGGUUUAUCAAUGGAAUUUGCAAAUGAAUGAAUUUAGGACUGAGGUUUUGAAAAAGGCAAAAGUUUAAAAAACCCAUGGAUUGCAUUUUAUACGAGUGAAUGAAUCAAAUGAAUUUUCAAUAUGUAAUGCAUACCCCCUAAUUUUGUAAGGUUGCACAGGUGUACAACAUGCCCGUAUUGUAAAUAAGAUUAUUUUUAUUUGACAUUGCUUUGGAUUAUUAACAUGGAUAUCUUAAAAGUGUCUAUAUAGUAUCACUGUGACCUAAAUUGUAAGAAACUAGAUGGCAAAUGAAAACAUUCUAUCCAAAGCACCAAUAAAAAUAAAAUUGUCAGAU